AUGGAGAAGAACGAUGACAAGGACCAUGAUCAUCAUGAUGAUGACAAAUCCAAAGGAGAUGAAAAAAAGGAUGAUGUUUCGGAUGAUGCACAUCAAGAUGGUAGCAGUAAAGAGAAUGUCGACAAUGUUGGUAACACCGAGACAGAUCUUGAUCCAGGAGACAAUGUCGAGGUUUCACAAGGAGAAGAAGCACCAGAGAUUCAUCAAACUCUAGAGUCUUUGUCUGAAGAACUCGAUCAGCUUCUCUCGAGUCUUUCCCUUCACAAGGAGGAGAGUAAUAACAAAGAAGCGACCGAGGAGGAGAAGGUAGAAGAUGAUUACUUUCAGAUCCCACAGUUUGUUGGGAAAUUCUUGGAUCUCUUUGAAGACAAACUCACUAAAUACGACUCUGGUGAGCCUAAGACUACAUGGUACCAAGAUCCAGAGGAGAUGUCUUCGCUUCUUGAGGCAGUGGAUCGUGUCUCAAAGCUUAUGGGGCUAUUGCUCAAUACCAAAUCUUGUUUGGACCAUCAUGAGCCUUUGAUCAACCAUGCUGGAUCCAUUCAGCAGCGAGCAAUGGCUUUCUUGGAAGACGAAUUCCGCAUCAUUUUAGAAGAAUCUGUGAUCAAAGAGCCUGUGGUGGUCGGGGAUGAAAGCAACAGCCAGAGGAGGAGCACGGCGGAUCAGCAAGACCACCAGAACGAUGCGGUGGUCUCGCAAGAUCACGACCAGAUGAUGGUUCCGGAAUGCGGUGAUCAGGAGAUCGAGUACCCUGGUUACCCGGAGGAGGUUGUUGCGGUGCUGAGGCAAAUAGCGGAGAAGAUGAAAGCAGGAGGGUACGGGUGGGAAUGCAGAGAGGUUUAUUUGGUUGGGAGGAGAAACAUCUUGAUGCGUACAUUGAAACAAGACUGUGAGUUUGAGAAAGUGAGCAUCGACGAGGUGCAGAAGAUGAGCUGGGACACACUUGAGAGAGAGAUACCUAUUUGGAAUAAGACUUUCAAGGACUGUUCUUCUCUCUUUUUCCCAGGGGAGCUCAAACUCGCUGAGAAGAUUUUCCCAGGAGACCAAGGGAGCUUGUUCUGCAUUGUUACACAUGGUCUAGCCAUCCAGUUCUUGGGUUUCGCAGAGGCUGUGGCCAUGACCAAACGCUCCACUGAGAAGCUCUUCAAGAUCCUCGACAUCUACGAGACACUCCGGGACAGUUUUCCUGCCAUGGAAGAACUGUUCCCGGAGGAGCUGCGCAGCGAGCUGAGGAACGAGGUGACCAGUGCUCGUGCUCGCCUAGGAGAGACCGCCAUUCACAUAUUCUCGGAUCUUGAGAACUCCAUCAAAUCGGAUUCGAGCAAGACCCCCGUGCCAGGAGGUGCAGUUCAUCCCCUGACUAGGUACACCAUGAACUACCUUAAGUACUCAUGCGAGUACAAAGACACAUUGGAACAAGUCUUCAAGAGUCACUCGAAGAUGGAGCGAGAGGAAGACGAGCCUGCGGAGAGUGGGAACUCUGCCUUUGCGAGCCAGCUGAUGAGGAUAAUGGAGCUACUUGAUGGGAACCUUGAGGCGAAGUCGAAGCAGUACAAAGACAUACCACUGAGUUGCAUCUUCAUGAUGAACAACGGAAGAUACAUAGUACAGAAGAUCAAAGGCUCAGCGGAGAUACAUGAGGUGAUGGGGGACACAUGGUGCAGGAGGCGGUCAUCAGAGCUAAGGAACUACCACAAGAACUACCAGAGGGAGACAUGGGGGAAGCUGCUAGGGUUCUUAGGCCACGAGGGGCUCAUGCACAAUGGCAAGAUAGUCAAGCCCAAUCUCAAGGAGAGGUUCAAGAGUUUCAAUGCAACCUUCGACGAGAUACACAAGACGCAGACCACGUGGGUGGUCAACGACGAGCAGCUGCAGAGCGAGCUGAGGGUCUCCAUAACCGCGGUCAUGAUACCUGCCUACAGGGCCUUCAUGGCGAGGUUCGGACAGUACUUGGAUCCUGGUCGCCAGACAGAGAAGUACAUCAAGUACCAGCCUGAGGACAUCGAGGAUCUCAUCGACCAGCUCUUCGACGGUAACACCUCCUCCUCUUCCACUGCCACCGCCAGGCGAAGAACGUAG